AGAACCCACUGUACCAUGAGUGUCUCUGCACUGAGCCUCACCAGAGCCCUGGGCAGUGUCUCUGGGCCCCUGCAGGUGGUAUCUCUGCUCAGCCUGGUUCUGCUUCUGCUCAAGGCGGUACAGUUUUACCUGCGUAGACAGUGGCUGCUCAAAGUAUUUCAUCGGUUCCCGUCUCCUCCUUCCCACUGGCUGUGUGGGCACAGCUUGAAGCGCUCAAAGGAAAAUGAGCUACAAGAGCUACUGAAAAGGGUAGAGAAAUUCCCCUGUGCCUAUCCUCGCUGGAUGUGGGGGGACAAUGUUUACCUUAUUGUCUAUGACCCUGACUACAUGAAGGUGGUCCUGGGGAGAUCUGAUCCUAAGCCUAAUGAUGUCUGCAGAUUCUUGGCCCCCUGGAUUGGGACAGGUUUGCUGCUGUUGGAGGGGGAGACAUGGUUCCAGCACCGGCGGAUGCUGACCCCAGCCUUCCAUCAUGACAUCCUGAAGCCCUACCUGGGUCUCAUGGCCGACUCUGUCCGAGGGAUGCUGGACAAGUGGGAGGAGUUCGUCAGCCAGGACUCAUCUCUGGAGAUCCUUGGAGACAUCUCCUUGAUGACCUUGGACACCAUCAUGAAGUGUGCCUUCAGCCAUCAGGGCAGCGUCAGGAAUGACAGAUGCAGUGAUCAAGGAGAGGAAGGCUCACCUGCAGAAGGAGGGAGAGCUGGAGAAGGUGAGGAGAAGGAGGCACUUGGACUUCCUGGACAUCCUCCUCUUUGCCAGAGUGAGUUGUGGGCAGGAGAGAUGGAGAAUGGGAGCAGCUUGUCUGACGAGGACCUCCGUGCUGAGGUGGACACAUUCAUGUUUGGGGGCCAUGACACCACAGCCAGUGGCAUCUCCUGGAUCCUCUAUGCUCUAGCCUCCCACCCCGAGCAUCAGCAGAGGUGUCGGGAAGAGAUCCAGAGCCUCCUGGGGGAUGGCGCCUCCAUCACCUGGGACCAUCUGGACCAGAUGCCCUACACCACCAUGUGCAUCAAGGAGGCCAUGAGACUCUAUCCACCAGUACCAGCCAUCAGCAGAGAGCUGAGCAAGCCCAUCACCUUCCCUGAUGGACGCUCCUUACCUGCAGGAAUCAAAGUUGCCCUCUCCAUUUAUGGACUUCACCACAACCCAAAGGUGUGGCCGAAUCCAGAGGUGUUUGACCCAUCUCGGUUUGCACUGGGUUCUAAUCAACACAGCCAUGCUUUCCUGCCCUUCUCAGGAGGAUCCAGGUGA